UUUAUUCUAUGGUGGUUCCAUAAAUUCAAUAAUCAACGAAAACUAAUUUUGUUUUCAUGAAAUUAAUAUUUUGUUAGCUGCCUUUCAUUGGAUUUUAGGUUGAUUUAUUAUAAUUUAUCAAAAUUGCUUCCACAAUGACUGUCACGCGGGUUGCAGAAUCCCGCACGGAAUUUAAAUUAAAAAGUCUCCCGGAGGACGCUAUAUCAAGUGUUAAGUUUGCACCGAAAUCUAAUCAGUUUCUCCUUGUGUCUUCUUGGGACUGUUCUGUUAGGCUCUAUGAUGUAUCUGCUAAUAUUGAAAGACACAAGUACAAUCAUGAACUACCCGUACUGGAUGUUUGUUUUAGGGAUGCUGUACAUUCUUACAGUGGUGGCUUAGAUCAGACGUUAAAAAUGUACGAUUUAAACGCCACUACAGAAACUGUAUUAGGUGACCAUAAGGGUGCUAUACGUUGUGUGGAGUUUGCUGCAGAAGUGAACGCCGUGUUAACUGGAAGCUGGGAUGGAACUGUCAAAAUGUGGGAUAGCAGAGUGCCUAAUUGUGUAGGAACAUACAAUCAAGGCAAUGAAAGGGUUUAUACUAUGAGUAUUGUAGGGGAGAAAUUUGUAGUUGGAACAUCCGGGCGGAAGAUUUUUGUAUGGGAUGUGCGUAACAUGGGUCAUGUUAAUCAGAGGAGAGAAUCGUCACUUAAAUAUCAAACCCGUUGUAUAAGAGUAUUUCCAAACAAGCAGGGCUAUGUCCUGAGUUCUAUUGAGGGUAGAGUGGCUGUUGAGUACUUGGACAGCAAUCCUGAAGUUCAAAAAAAGAAAUAUGCAUUUAAAUGUCAUAGAAUAAAAGAAUCAGGUGUAGAAAAAAUAUACCCAGUGAAUGCAAUUAGUUUUCACUCUGUUUACAACACAUUUGCAACUGGUGGAUCCGAUGGUUAUGUUAAUAUUUGGGAUGGUUUCAAUAAAAAGCGAUUGUGUCAAUUUCACAGAUACAACACAGCAGUGUCCUCUCUAUGUUUCUCUCAUGAUGGUUCAGCAUUAGCUAUUGCCUGCUCCCAAUUAGACGAGACGGAAGCUGAGGAUCCGAAACCAGAUGACACAAUCUAUAUCCGAUAUGUCACAGACCAAGAGACAAAACCUAAAUGAAAGUGUAUUUAAAGUGGCCUGGAUUUAGGGCAUACUGAAUACUCGGAGAGUAUUAGAGUGUUUCCCUCUAUGCAUUCUAAAUCCACAACCAAAUAGUUAAAUUAAGAUGUCUGGACUGAUUCUUAAAGCCCGUGGAGAACUUGCUAAAUAUUUUGCAUAGUAAUAAAAUUAAAAAUAAUAUCAGUUUUAAUUUAAAUUUAAUUAAAAGAAGGAUUUAAAAAUUGCUGGCUGUGUUUUCUAUGGACCGUUCCACGUUUUUAUUGCUGAGCAUUUUUUUUAUUGUAAUCUCAAAUAUUUUCCUUUAGAUUGUUUGAAUAAAUGUUUUGUAUAUAAUAUAAUUAAUUAAUUGAUGAAAUGUUUAUAGCUAACGCAACUGUUCUGUAUUAUACAUGUACUGAUCGAAUUCUAGACUAAACUUUUUUCAAAGUAUUGAAAGCAGUACUAGAAAAUUUGGAAAUAGGCUGAUUGAUCAACAAUUUGUGAGAGAAACUGAUUAUAGGAGCUCUCAUAAAUCUUCAAAACUAGUUUUUUGUUCGUUCGUAACUGACUUCUGCCCACGGCUCUUGUAUUAUACAUGUACUGAUCGAAUUCUAGACUAAACUUUUUUCAAAGCAUUGAAAGCAGUACUAGAAAAUUUGGAAAUAGGCUGAUAGAUCAACAAUUUGUGAGAGAAACUGAUUAUAGGAGCUCUCAUAAAUCUUCAAAACUAGUUUUUUGUUCGUUCGUAACUGACUUCUGCCCACGGCUCUUGUAUUAUACAUGUACUGAUCGAAUUCUAGACUAAACUUUUUUCAAAGCAUUGAAAGCAGUACUAGAAAAUUUGGAAAUAGGCUGAUAGAUCAACAAUUUGUGAGAGAAACUGAUUAUAGGAGCUCUCAUAAAUCUUCAAAACUAGUUUUUUGUUCGUUCGUAACUGACUUCUGCCCACGGCUCUUGUAUUAUACAUGUACUGAUCGAAUUCUAGACUAAACUUUUUUCAAAGCAUUGAAAGCAGUACUAGAAAAUUUGGAAAUAGGCUGAUAGAUCAACAAUUUGUGAGAGAAACUGAUUAAAGGAGCUCUCAUAAAUCUUCAAAACUAGUUUUUUGUUCGUUCGUAACUGACUUCUGCCCACGGCUCUUGUAUUAUACAUGUACUGAUCGAAUUCUAGACUAAACUUUUUUCAAAGCAUUGAAAGCAGUACUAGAAAAUUUGGAAAUAGGCUGAUAGAUCAACAAUUUGUGAGAGAAACUGAUUAUAGGAGCUCUCAUAAAUCUUCAAAACUAGUUUUUUGUUCGUUCGUAACUGACUUCUGCCCACGGCUCUUGUAUUAUACAUGUACUGAUCGAAUUCUAGACUAAACUUUUUUCAAAGCAUUGAAAGCAGUACUAGAAAAUUUGGAAAUAGGCUGAUAGAUCAACAAUUUGUGAGAGAAACUGAUUAUAGGAGCUCUCAUAAAUCUUCAAAACUAGUUUUUUGUUCGUUCGUAACUGACUUCUGCCCACGGCUCUUGUAUUAUACAUGUACUGAUCGAAUUCUAGACUAAACUUUUUUCAAAGCAUUGAAAGCAGUACUAGAAAAUUUGGAAAUAGGCUGAUAGAUCAACAAUUUGUGAGAGAAACUGAUUAUAGGAGCUCUCAUAAAUCUUCAAAACUAGUUUUUUGUUCGUUCGUAACUGACUUCUGCCCACGGCUCUUGUAUUAUACAUGUACUGAUCGAAUUCUAGACUAAACUUUUUUCAAAGCAUUGAAAGCAGUACUAGAAAAUUUGGAAAUAGGCUGAUAGAUCAACAAUUUGUGAGAGAAACUGAUUAUAGGAGCUCUCAUAAAUCUUCAAAACUAGUUUUUUGUUCGUUCGUAACUGACUUCUGCCCACGGCUCUUGUAUUAUACAUGUACUGAUCGAAUUCUAGACUAAACUUUUUUCAAAGCAUUGAAAGCAGUACUAGAAAAUUUGGAAAUAGGCUGAUAGAUCAACAAUUUGUGAGAGAAACUGAUUAUAGGAGCUCUCAUAAAUCUUCAAAACUAGUUUUUUGUUCGUUCGUAACUGACUUCUGCCCACGGCUCUUGUAUUAUACAUGUACUGAUCGAAUUCUAGACUAAACUUUUUUCAAAGCAUUGAAAGCAGUACUAGAAAAUUUGGAAAUAGGCUGAUAGAUCAACAAUUUGUGAGAGAAACUGAUUAUAGGAGCUCUCAUAAAUCUUCAAAACUAGUUUUUUGUUCGUUCGUAACUGACUUCUGCCCACGGCUCUUGUAUUAUACAUGUACUGAUCGAAUUCUAGACUAAACUUUUUUCAAAGCAUUGAAAGCAGUACUAGAAAAUUUGGAAAUAGGCUGAUAGAUCAACAAUUUGUGAGAGAAACUGAUUAUAGGAGCUCUCAUAAAUCUUCAAAACUAGUUUUUUGUUCGUUCGUAACUGACUUCUGCCCACGGCUCUUGUAUUAUACAUGUACUGAUCGAAUUCUAGACUAAACUUUUUUCAAAGCAUUGAAAGCAGUACUAGAAAAUUUGGAAAUAGGCUGAUAGAUCAACAAUUUGUGAGAGAAACUGAUUAUAGGAGCUCUCAUAAAUCUUCAAAACUAGUUUUUUGUUCGUUCGUAACUGACAUCCAAAAGGAGAAGAUUUACAAGAUGUAAAGUUUUAAAGGACGCUUGGUCUAUUUAUUAAAGAUUGGUUGUUAGAACAAUUUGCUAAUGAUUGACCGAAUUAUACUACAAAAAUUAUUCUUGUUUUCGCCUACUUUGAAAAAUUAAAAGUUUUUUAAAUAAGAUUUGUUUGAAUAAAGUGUGAUAAUUUAAGGUACCUCAGGUGAUCUUAAAAUAGUCCUAAUUUAAAUAUUUCUCGUCAAUCCUCAACAACACCGAUCGUGUGUGCGUAAUUACAUAUCUAUACUUCAACCUUACCCUAUUUGAGAUCCACAUUUUUAGCGACUUGUAUCAUUGUUCACGCAUACUUCCAGUGCCAACAUUUACUUCAUUUCCGUAAUUUUUAAUUUGCAUUUGACUAUUAUGAGGAAAUCAAUCAAUAAAGCGAUCCAUAAUAUACAAACAUACACAGUUAAAAAUUUAAACUGCGUAUAAAACGAUUUCAAUAUGUAACAAAUUGUCGAUCUUUAAUUUAAACUUACGUAUUUAUAAAAAAAAUACAAUCUAUUUGCACUCCUUGAAAUAUAGUAGUUUUCUCUUUGCAUAAACACAAUUUGCCAAAAAGAGAUUAAAAGCAAGCAAGACUUGAGUUCUUGGACUUGGGACCUAUUCAUACCUAGUAAUAAUUUGUAAAUGGGAUUGACUGUGACUACUUACUGAGACAGAUGUUUGUAUUUAAGGUAUAAGUUGGAAUAAAAUAA